CUGCAAGGCACAGGUGCACUUGAUACUUGAAAGUGCUAGGCACAGGUGCCCUUGAUACUUCUGAGUGCUAGGCACAGGUGCAAUGAAUAGUUCGGAGUGCUGGGCAUAGGUGUAGCAAACACUUUGUAGUGCUCGGCACGGGUGCAAUUGACAGUUUGGAGUGCUCUGCAUGCGCACAGUGAGAGGAUUGGGGAUAGCAGGGAUGAGAGGGAUCAAGAAUCUGGUGGAGCAUUACAGCCCGACACGGGGGCAGUGGACAGCUUGGCAAGGAGAGGAAUGGGAUCGGUCAACGGGCUGGUGAUGGUCCUCGGUGAAUCAAAUGUUUGGCUAGAGUUUUCCGUAGAGGCAGCCGGAACUUUCCCACCGUGUUAUAUGAAGAAUGAAAGGAUGAACCAGUGCUACGGUGAGCGCUGCACAUUCACACGAGGAGUGUGUUUCUCAAACGUAUUCUCUUCUUAUUUUGGCCCUUCUUGGGCUCUCUCAUCGUUCUUUUUCUCUUUCACAAUUCUUCGGGUAAUUCUGUGGGGGCCGGGAGUGGAUGUCUCAGUUCUCGAUGGGAUCAAGAUCAUGCGAAAAGAGUGUCUCGUGAACAUGUUUGGGCGCUAUCACGGACGUGGCGGCUCUGGGAGCUCUUCGGUAUGUGUAGGAUUUCAACAUGUCUUCCCUAGUCUGUCACAUGAACCCCUGUUCAUCGAUGUGCUGAAGUCGUUAUGGACUCGUUACAGUUGCGGGGUAUGGUAGCUUUGAUCUUGAGAUCAUUAGAUUCGAGGCACAAUGCCAUGUUGGUGCAAAUGAGGGGGGGUGGGGUACACAUCUUUGUGGGUGACUACGGUAGUCUGUAGAGUUGUCAUGCUUGUGAUGUAAUUGAAGACACUUUCCGGAGAAGCAAGCCAAUGCGAGGUCGGAAUUCUGGUCUGAAGCCGAGAAGAAUCGUCGGGGAGUAUUCUCAAUUUGGUGGAACAAACAACAUCAACUGGUGUUCGCAGGGUUCGUGUAGUGCAUUAGGGGAAUUUGCCGGAACCCUCUGCAGGCCUGCAAGGUACUUUGCUUGCCGUGAGCCGAAUGGCGAACAGAAAAGAGGAGGCUGCCCUGCAGCGCUGCUUGUUGGAUGUAAUGAAAGGAGGUUUGAAGAUAGUUUCACAGACUGUGCCGAGGGACUCGGUGAAGAGGCGAGGGUGGUGUAAUGAAAUAAGGCUUGACUAGAGUCGCACAGACUGUGCACAGCGACCAUGUGAAGAGGCGAGGAUGUAAUGAAGGAGACAGGAAUGGAGGCGCGCACAGACUGUGUGGCUCAGGGACACAGACUGUGCACAGUGACCANGGACACAGACUGUGCACAGUGACCAUGUGAAGAGGCGAGGAUGUAAUGAAGGAGACAGGAAUGGAGGCGCGCACAGACUGUGUGGCUCAGGGACAAUGUGACGACGUGAGAAACAGCGACAAGAAUGCUGCAGGAUGAAGAUUUCUGGAGUUCAAGCGGGUUGUUGCUAUUAUGAUGCUGAUGUCUGGUCUUGCAGCGUGCUGUUGCGCGUUUAUUCUGUGCUAUCAGGUGUGCUCUGUUAGUGUUAUGAGCUGUUCAAUUGUGCGGAAAUUGGAUUUUCUACGCCGCUUUUCGGUGGACUGCAUCUUUAUCGGGUACGGCUGUACGAGGUGAUUGAUGAGCGAAAAGGUGUAGUAGCUGGGUAGGAAGGAUACAGGCCCAAGCUAAGCUUCUGGAUACCCAUGGUAGUAAGGGUUGUGUCUGAGAAUCACUUUUUCAUGGACCUGGUGAUUAGGACAAGGUGGGGGAGUUAUUUUUCGUCGAUGUUCCAAGGCCACGAAGUGGGAGAGCCUGGCAGGGGAAGAGGACAGGCAUGCACUUCUGGCGUUGGUGUCGGGAAGAAGAGCUUUGCGCGGGUAGUGGAAGGUGACUGCUGAUUGAAAGAAGGUGGUCGAGAAGCGGAGAGCACGGCUAGGAGGUUGAAUCUGGUGCACACACCAAUGAAUUGAUAAGACCCUCUCAGAGCAAGGUGAUUUUAUCCUUUGGUGAGGGGACCUGUUUGAUCUAGAACUGUCCCAAACUUUGUUUUUGGCCGAGCUGCCAUCCCGAGGACGUUAGAGCAUAGGUGUGACAGUUCGUUGAUGGUCUCCUGUUCACAAUGUUCGUGCGCAUAAUUAUAGGCUGUCGUUGGUUCGACGGUGUGAAAAUGUCUUUGUCGACAUUGAUUGAUGGAUGACAGUAAAUGUGGAUGGAUCUGACGUUCACCCACAGAACACAUUGCCAGCCUUUUCUUCAUUCGUGUGGACAGGAGAGUUAAUGGGCCAUGUUUUUGGUUCCGUCAAUGGUUAACAGGAAUAUCCAGCCCCUAUGCCGAA